UAAAAAUUGGAGUGAAUAGCAUUGGAUGGAAGCAGUAUGGACAAACAAUAAAGCAUGCCAGGCAGCAACCCGGAGAGACCUAUGACUAGAGAGGAAAGCUACGUGGAGAGGCGUCAGUUAUUCAAAAAUAUCUGGGAGGCAGCCAUGCACAUUGACGAAAAAGACGACAUUAUGAGCAAACCUAAAGUUAUUAAAACGCUGAGAAUGGAUGAAAUUGACAAGUGUCCUAUUGGCAAAACAAAGAAACAGCGUAUUAAGAAUCUUAGGCAUGUUUGUAACAGGAUUUUGGACUUCUGCGAUCGUCAAGACGCUGAUGAUCAGCUGUAUUCAAAGGUGGCAUCGUCAGAAGGCAAACCUCGACACGAAACAGACAACAUCACUAAACCGAAAAAGAAAUUACGCUUGAAAAAGAAAGUAAGGAAAGCAAAAAGCAUGUUCGUACCACUUAAUAAAAUAACAGUGGCGAGGGUAUCUGUUUCGGAGAGAAAACAAAAUGUAUUAACAGACGAAAAUGGUAUCUUGUCCGGAACUUCCUCGUUAGAGAAAACAAAAAUAUCUCCUACAGCAUCGGCCAUACUUAGGAAAAAGUCCGUAAAAAACGUAGGAAAACACAGCAGAGAAAAAAAGACCGUGAAAAGAACUAAAACAGACGACAUCCCAAGAGAAGCUACUACGCCUACAACCAAACGCAAAACCAUAAAAAAGAAGCGCGGCAAAAAGAAAAAAGGGACCGGGCCCAAGACAGGAUCUCCGCACGUUAUUAGUGUGUAA